GCCGCGCGACACACGUACUUGGUGUCACGGCUGGAGUCCUUAUUAUUUUCUCCGAGCACACGAUACGAGCUUAUUUCGUCCUGAUUGAUAUUCGCGUAGUUCGGGUCGGCGAAUUUAUCGUUUUCGUCGUGCAGGAUAACGCCAGAAUUUCAGGGCGAUCGUGACAAACGGAAAAUAAAAUCAAGAUCGGGCUGUUCUUUGCGUGUGUGAGUGUGAGAAAGUGAUCGUGUGUGCUCUCUUGAAUAUUCUGUUUAAAAUUAAAUCGAAAUUGAAUUAGUUCCAUAGAUUUUGCGGGUGAAUUUUCAAUCAUGGCAACUACUUUAACCGUUGCCGGAAUGUGUUGGGCGACAUUAUCAUUAGCAGCAUCAUUCCUGUGCAGUUUUGGAUUCUAUUUACCAUUUUGGAUACAGGGUCGAUUAAUGGACAAGGCUGACGCCUACUUCAGCUCGUUUCGAAGGUGCAACUACCCCAGACUUAUGUCAGAUGGUACGGUAGCGCUUGUACACGAGUGCGGCCGAUACGCCAAGUUCAAUGACAUUCCAAGUAUAUGGUGGCAAAUAAGUACGAUUCUUAUAGGAGGUGCGACUGCAAUCACAAUGAUUGUGGCGGUAUCUGCUGUAUCUGCAUGUUGCGUGACACAUGUUAUACAAAAGUCGACAGCCAAAGUCGCCGGAUACUUGCAGCUGUUAGCUGCGGCUCUCGUGAGUAGUGGUGGUGCUAUUUAUCCGAUUGGCUGGGAUAAUAGAGAAGUGAAAGAGUCCUGUGGGAACAUAUCUGGACCAUAUAAACUAGGAACGUGUCAUCUGUCGUGGUCCGUGUACAUGUUGGGUUCUUCGGUGGCGCUACUCUUGUUGUGCUUUUACCUGAGCUUCUACUCGUCCCGCGACAGCCCGGGCAGUUCAUUUCGUUCCAUCUGAUGAGUGCACGCUCAGGCCACAGCAUCCUCAUCCGCACAUGACCCAGGAUAUGCCGCUGGCCAUUAUUUCUGUCGCACAUGAAACGCACGUCGCAAAUCUCCGUAACAACGACGACGACGAUGACGACAACGAAACACAAUUCAAACCAACCAUUAUCGCUCAUUGUAAACUCUGAAACAAUAAUAAUAUUAAACUGUAUUAUAUCGCAUUUCGUAUUUGUUAAAAAUCAAAAACCAACAGAUACUUAUGAUAUGGUUAUGAUAGGUAAGUGUUAUUGUUCGAUAAUAAUUAUUACUGAACAUUGAAAUGAAUAUUGAUCAUCACCUAUUUUUAUCCUAUUUUUCUGCCUAUUUCGCAUCAACAUAAUAUGGGGGUACAGUCAAUUGGUCGUAUGAAUUUGGUCGUCUGAAAUUAGUCGUUUGGUAAAUUGAUCAUUUAGAAAAUGAAUCUAUAAAUAUACAAUUAGUAUAUAUUAGUAAUAAAAAUAAUAUUUUACCGUAAUUUUUCUUAAA